CUUCGCUUUCAGACCUGUUGACACACAGACAGAUUCCACCGACCAGAUGAUUAAGAAAACUGUGCGGAGACUAAAUUAAUGCCAGAGAGCUGUUACUGACGGUCUGUCUGUCUGUCCAUGUGUCCAUCUUUUUGUUUGUUUAUUUGAGCAGUUAAAGGUCUUCCUCGUCUGAAUUCAUCCUCAGCAUCUGUCCUCUCUGACCGACUGGAUAAAAGAGAUGGGACCUCGUACAGCAGUGGCUCCUUCUAAGGAGGUGAAGGUUGCUGGCGGUAGACAAUGUGGAGGUCAGGGAACAGCCCGGCUGAGGAGCUGCAGUGAUGGCAGCAGAUACAGCAGGAGAGGAGUCAGCCUUCACAACUCCACUUCUUCCCCAGUGCUCUACAACCCUAAAUCAGUCCUGAAGAGACCAGUGAGCACAGAAGAGCUGCAAAGACCAGGAGGACCCUACAUGAAGAAAACAUUUACAAUUGUGGGUGAUGCAGUGGGUUGGGGAUUUGUGAUAAGAGGAAACAGGCCAUGUCACAUUCAGGCUGUGGAGCCCUGUGGCCCAGCUGCUGCUGCUGGGAUGAAGGUUUGUCAGUUUGUGGUUUCAGUCAACGGACUCAAUGUUCUCGAUCUGGACUACCGCACUGUCAGCCACCUGAUCCUAACAGGACCCAGGACUGUUGUGAUGGAGGUGAUGGAGGAGACCGACCACUGAGCAAUGAAAGAAACACUGAUGGAUGGACAGUACAGCAGAAGCUGCGAAUGGCUUUUAUGAAACAGUUACUUAUACAUGUGUUGUUGAGGUUUUCUUGAAAGAACUGCAAGAAUAUAGAAAUGACACAAGAGGAAACGUUGUCAGGAAUGACAUGGGAAACA